AUGGAAAGAUUAUCAGUGAGGAAAGGUGGAUGGACUGAAGAGGAAGACAUACUUCUAAGGAAGUGCGUUGAAAAAUAUGGUGAAGGAAGAUGGCAUCAAGUUCCCCUCAGAGCAGGCUUGAACAGAUGCAGGAAAAGCUGUAGAAUGAGGUGGUUGAGCUAUCUCAAGCCAAAUAUUAAGAGAGGAGGGUUUUCUGUAGACGAAGUUGACUUAAUUAUCAGGCUACACAAACUGCUUGGUAACAGGCAAGUGAAAAUGUCUACAUCUCAAUGGGCAUUGAUUGCUGGUAGACUUCCAGGAAGAACAGCAAAUCAUGUAAAGAAUUAUUGGAACACAAAGCUGCGAAAGAAGAAGGUUUCCACCAAUAAAGAUGUUAAAUCAAAACCGGAACCAAAAUCAAUAACAAAAGCUACCGUAAUAAAGCCUCGACCUCGAAACUUCAAAAAUAUAAGCUGGUUGAGAGAAGGCACUCCAUUUAUCAAUGUUUGUCAUCCAUUUGGAGACGAUCUUUGCAAGCGAUAUUCGACAAUGGCAUUGCCACCUUCCGAUAAUAAUGAAGUUGAAAUCAAUAUAACAAACAACAACAGCUGUUUGGGUAAUGGGUCAGAAAUUGAUCAGGAGCCAAUCAAAAGUGUUUUUGCAGAGGAAAAUGUAAAAGGAGGGCAAAAGUUGGGGACAUCUUCUAUGAACAAGAACAAAGGAAUUACGAGCCAAUUGGAAAGGGGGUCCAAUAUGGUCAAAAUUCAGCUUGCAACUCGGCUAAUAGUAGGUUACCGCGUUACGGAUAAAGGGGAAUUGAAUUAA